AUGAGUAAAGAGAAAUCUGAUACCAAGACAUCGUUACAGAGUCUCCAGGAGAUGAAGAAGACGCGAUUCCCACUUUCCAGAAUAAAGAAGAUCAUCCAGGAGGACGAGGACGUUGGCAAAACGAGUAGCACAGUCCCAGUUGCCCUGAGCAAGGUGUGUGAAGUAUUCAUAGAGGAAGUUGCAACCAGGGUGAAAACGGGCAAGAAGGUGAGCAAGAAGG